CUCAUUUGCAACAUGGCCGACAAGCUCGCAACACCGUUUGAGCACCGCGACCCGUCCAGCACGGUCAACGAAGACGCGUACGUUGCGAUUCGCAAGUCGCCCAAGGACGAUGGAACUGGCCUCAACGAACCCCGUGCGAGUACAUCAUGGCGCGCGUCCCGCCGCAGCACGUCGCGUGUCCGCCUCAGUCGUCUCGAGAGCAUGAUGCACGAAGAGCACGCCGCGGCCUUGAUCCCGAUGCCGAUUCUGUACGUGACGAUCGCGGUCGCGCUCAUGGGGUCGUUCCAAUUCGGCUGGCUCCUCUCGCAGCUCAACUACCGUCCGUUCAACGUCGACUGCGCGAAGAACCCGAUCCCGGACAAGGCGUGCAUCAUGUUUCCCGGCCACUCGGGCAACGAGUGGACGAUGGCCGUCACGGCGUGGAUCGUCGGUGGUGCGAUCGGCGCCAUGACCAGCGGGUACCCCGCCGACAAGUUUGGUCGCCAGCGCACGCUCUUUUUGAUUGCCAUCACGAUGAUCAUCGGUGGUGUCCUCGAGACGGUCUCGAGCGAGAUCUACCUCUUCUCGUUUGGCCGCGUCGUCUCGGGUAUCGCGUCCGGCGCCGCCAUCAACGUCUCCAACGUGCUCAUUUCCGAGAUCUCGCCCACGCAGAUGCGCGGCAUGUUCUCGACCGGGCUUCAGGUCGGCGUCGCGUUCGGGUCGUUGGCCGUGACCACGGUCCACUACUUUGUCGGGUACGGCAGCGGCUGGCGCAUCCUUGUCGGGUUCCCGAUCGUGCUGGGCAUUGCGCAGAUCCUCCUGAUCCCGCUCACGACGAAAAGCCCGGUGUGGCUCGUCACGCACGGCCAGAACGACUUGGCGCUCAAGGAGCUCAAGCGCUUGUAUCGCCCGUGCAACACGGAGGCGAUUUUGAACGCGAUGAUUGCGGCCCACGAAGAAGAAGUCAAGGAGACCGAGGGCGUCAACGCGUGGGCGGCGCUCUUCUCCAAAAAAUACCGCAAGCAGCUCAUCAUUGGCAUGGUGCUCUGCUCGGCGCAGCAGCUCUGCGGUAUCAACGCCGUCAUGUACUACUCGUCGUCCAUCUUCUUCAGCGCCGGCGUGACCGACCCGCGCGUCGGCAACACGAUCGUCAACGUCGUGCGCACGACCAUGAUCUUGGUGGCCGCGCGCAUCAUGGACAAGUUCAAGCGCCGCACUUUGCUGCUCAGCUUCAUGACGCUCAUGGCGAUCGCGUCCGUGGGCAUCAUCAUCUCGCUCUUGGUGUCGAGUCCGAUCCUCUCGGUGCUCGCGACCGGUCUCUACGUCGGCGCGUUCUGUCUCUCAAUCGGCCCGAUGGCGUGGAUGGUCACGGGCGAAAUCUUCCCCGACUUUCUUCACGCCAACUCGGGCGCGAUUGGCACCAUGUGCACGUGGGUCGGCAACUUCCUCGUCGGCGUCUUCUACCCGACGAUCUCCAAGGACAACAGCCUCGGCAACUACGCGUUCUUCAUCUUCGUCGCCUUCCUCAUCGCGUACGUCAUCUUUAUCUACUUCGUCGUGCCCGAGACGGCGCACAAGACGUUCGACGAGAUCCAAAAGGAGUUUGACAUCGAGCCGACGCACAAGGACGUCGACGACGAAGAGGCGCCCAAGCAAGACCCGUGGGCCUCGUAAGCUGUGCUUGCUAGAAUAUGUUAUCAACACGACUCUACCUAUUUCCAAGAGUGACGUGUCAAGGGAUAUAUAUUUUACGG